AUGGGUAUUUCUCGAGACUCCCGACACAAGCGAUCCCACACCGGCGCCAAGCGUGUCUCCAUCCACAAGAAGCGAAAGUUCGAGUGCGGUCGACAGGGUGCCGUCACCCGAAUCGGCCCCAAGCGAAUCCACACCGUCCGAACCCGUGGUGGUAACAAGAAGUUCCGAGCCAUCCGAAUCGAGACCGGCAACUUCUCCUGGGGCUCUGAGGGAACCACCCGAAAGACCCGAGUCCUCGGUGUCUCUUUCCACCCCUCCAACAACGAGCUUAUCCGAACCAACACUCUGACCAAGUCUGCCAUUGUCCAGAUUGAUGCCACUCCUUUCCGACAGUGGUACGAGUCCUACUACGGCAAGUCUCUCGGCAAGAAGAAGGCUGGCCAGGAGGAGCCCGUCAUUGCUGAGGCUGACCAGGCUGCCGUUGCUGCCCGACAGGCUGAUGCCAAGCUCGACCCCGCCGUCGAGGCUCAGUUCGGUGCUGGCCGACUCUACGCCUGCGUUUCUUCUCGACCCGGUCAGUCCGGCCGAGUUGACGGUUACGUUCUCGAGGGAGAGGAGCUUGCUUUCUACCUCAAGAAGAUUGUCUCCAAGAAGUAG